CGCAGCCAGCCAGAGAAUGCGGAGCAACGUCUUAAUUUGGAUAUUUCUUGCCGUCGGUGUCGCACCAACAGUUGCAAAGGACAAACAAGGCUCGCCAGAAUGCGCCCAAUCACUGGAGGCAUUGCAAAAUAUUGUCAAAUCGGAGAAUGACAUCAUUCACGAUCUUCUCACCACCAUGGUGUCGGAGGAACGCGAUAGUUUCAGAGUGAGCCACGUGAUGCUGCACGCUAUCGACACAAAGUUGACUCAGCAUCAGAAAGCACUGAGCGCCGUUUUGCACAACAUUUUGGAUCGGAUGCGGCUGAGCGAGGGCGCCACCACUUUCGUCGGCACGUCGAUCAAAUUGGAAAAUGUAAACGCUGAGGAGGAGGACAACGCCGCCGCUGCAGGUGUCCCAACUGCGAUUGAUGAGAAAUACUACAUUAGCUCAUCGGACGGUUUCAAGUGGUCGGCGGCUCUGGAAUUCUGCUCGUCGCACAACUGGAGUUUGGCCAGUCCUCGCACCAUCGAAGAACUGUCUCUAAUCUGGAGUAUGGUCCCAAACAAAGAUGGUUGGUACUGGACGUCAGCGUGCGCCGACGCUGGACAGUCUGCCGGUCGCUUUUUCUGGCACGGCACUUUGAGCGAAGUUGCGUGCGAUUUGUGGGCCAAAGGACAGCCCAACGAGCUCAUCAGGGACUCGAACGCCUGCGCUGCCCUCAACAACGGACACCUUUUCGACCAGGAAUGCUCCUUCUCCAACCACUUCAUUUGCCAAAAGUUUUAGCUUUUCAAAUUAUUAUUGAAUUUGUGAUGUAAAAAAAUUUUUAAUUGGCAGGGUUGCAUUACCACUCGAUUUUUACCGAGUUCUUUUGUGCAAGAAAUGAAUUUUACCCAUUUUUCCCCGGGAAAAACUAAAAUUUGCGGUUGGAGUGGUCAAAAUUUCCCUCUACUGAGCAGAUUUUUUUCUUUUAAAUUGCCACUUGCUGCCUCAAUUUCUCAAAAAAUUUAUAUCUGGCAAUUUUUCAAGUUGAGGUCAUGAGCAAAUAAUUAGAAAACUGCAAGAAACUGGGAAAAAUUGAAAAUAAAGCAUUUUUUAAAAGCGCAUUUAUUGCAACCCUGUUAAUUGGAAGCCUCUAAAACGCUCACAUUAAUUAAAAUAUUGAAUUCUUUAAAAAA